AUGAACAUGUUUGGCGAGCAAGAUCCGUUUGGCGGUGGACCAGCAGGUCUCUUCGCUCAGUUGGCACAAGGCCUUGGUGGUGGUCUUGGUCAUCGCAUGGGUCGACCACCAGCUCGAGCCUAUGAUGAAUAUCUGAGAGCCUACAGUGCCGCAAUGCUUCCUGGCAAGGAACGCGACAAUGUCAGUUACGGUGGAAAGAUCAUUAUGCCCCCUUCGACCCUCGCCAGACUCACUUCGAUGGAUCUCGAAUCUCCAUGGAUGUUCAAGUUGCGCAACCCAGCAAACCCUGCGGCGUCUACACACGCGGGUGUAUUAGAAUUUAUCGCGGAAGAAGGAUGUGUGCAUCUGCCGCAAUGGAUGAUGAGUACUCUCCGAUUAAAUGAGGGUGACCCGAUCCGCAUCACUGGUGCAGAACUCCCUAAAGGCAACAAGGUCAAGUUGCAGGCACAGAGCGUCCAUUUCCUCGAAGUAUCGGACCCCAAGGCCGUACUUGAACAAGCUCUACGCCAUUUCUCCGUCCUCACACAAGGCGAUAUAAUUGAAAUUCUGUAUAACGGGAUGGUAUUCGGUUUCCUAGUCAUGGAGACCUAUCCCGGUGGUGAAGGUAUCAGUGUACUCGAUACAGACCUUGAGGUUGACUUCGCGGCACCUCUUGGAUAUGUUGAGCCUGAGCGUCCCAAGCCAGCUCCUCCUGCCACAAUGGCGACCAAGCUCAAUAUCAAUCUGAACGAUUCGUCGCCCGGUUCAUCACGUCCCUCGUCAUCUCUCGCUGGCACCUUCGCUCCGGGUACGCGUGGUACUACAGUGAGCAAGGGUGGCGAACAGUGGGAGAGCUUCAAGGGCAAAGGCGAGACGCUGCUUGGGCGCAAGACGAAGGGGAAAGGCAUCAGCCACAGAAGGGUGCAGGAGGUGGCUGAUAAUGCUAAAAUUGUCCGGACGGAUAAAGCUCGCAUUGUUACGAACGACACCCUCGACUCAGACGUGCCGGUUCCUGCUCCCCUGAACCUCCCCUUUGGGCAAUUAUUCUUUGGUUUCAACGUCCCACCCUUCACACCCCCGGCAUCCAACCCCAGUGCUACACAAGUGCAGGCGCAGGCAUUCUCAGGCGCUGGUAACACCCUCGCUGGGCCAUCUUCCUCGCAAGGUCAAAGCGCAUCGUCACCCUCGCCGAAAGGAAAGAGUAUGGAAGAAGAGGGAAGCGAUGUUCCCUCGUCCUGGGGGGUGGGAGGCCAGAGACUCGGUUCACGCACCGCACCCCGACCCGCAGCAAGUUCGGGACCACGUGGAGCGGGCGGAGCUAUAGUGCCGGUGCUGCCGCAGAGGUCUGGGAGACAGGAGCAAAGGCAGAAAGAGCGAAGCCCAUCGCCAGACUGGGGCGUGGAUGACGACGAUGUCAUUAUCAUUGACAGUGACAGUGACUAG